AUGGGUCUAAUCGAGGACGAAGUCAGCCGCCUGCAGGGCAAGAUGGCCCAGCUGGAUGCGCGCAUCAAGUCUCUGGAGGAGAAGCAGUUCGGCGGCCCUGCAAAGACCACCGAGGAGAUCCGCAUGAUCCUCAUCGGGCCUCCCGGCGCCGGCAAGGGCACCCAAGCUCCCAAGAUCAAGGAGAAGUUCAGCUGUUGCCAUCUGGCUACGGGCGACAUGCUUCGAUCUCAGGUUGCCAAGAAGACUCCUUUGGGCCGGGAAGCCAAGAAGAUCAUGGACCAGGGUGGUCUGGUCAGCGAUGACAUCGUCAUCGGCAUGAUCAAGGAGGAGCUGGACAACAACACCGAGUGUAAGGGAGGAUUCAUCCUCGAUGGCUUUCCGCGAACCGUCCCCCAAGCCGAGGGCCUCGACGCCAUGCUCAAGGAGCGCAAGCAGACGCUGCAGCACGCCGUCGAGCUGCAGAUCGACGACGCCCUGCUAGUGGCGCGCAUCACGGGGCGGCUCGUCCACCCGGCCUCGGGCCGCAGCUACCACCAGACCUUCAACCCGCCCAAGAAGCCCAUGACCGACGACAUCACCGGCGAGCCGCUGAUCCAGCGCUCCGACGACAACGCCGAGGCCCUCAAGAAGCGCCUCGCCACCUACCACGCCCAGACCACCCCCGUCGUCGGCUACUACCAGAAGACCGGCAUCUGGAAGGCCAUCGACGCCUCCCAGGAGCCCGGCCAGGUCUGGAAGAGCCUGCUAAAGAUCUUCGACGGCGACGCCAAGAAGGCCAGCCAGUCCGGCUCCGGCCUCCUCGACAAGCUGGCCGGCCGCUCGUAA